GAGUGACUGGGUGAGCUCAUAUAAAGUUCUGUUCAGUAAUGAUUCUCACAGCUGGGUGACACUGAAGAACGGCUCCAGAGACCUGAUUUUCUCUGGGAAUCGGGAGAAGGAGAUUCCGGUUCUGAACACGUUCCCGCGAGCGGUGGUGGCGCGGUACAUCCGGAUCAACCCGCGCUCCUGGCACAGCGGAGGAGGAGUCUGCAUGAGGGUGGAGAUCAUGGGCUGUCCGAUGCCAGAUCCAAACAACUAUUACCGGCGCCGGAACGAAGUGACGACCACAGACAACCUGGACUUCAAACACCACAGCUAUAAGGAGAUGAGACAGCUGAUGAAGGUGGUGAGGAUCUCAGACAACCCAGGAGAACACGAGCUGGGUGAGCCGGAGUUCCGCUACACCGCCGGUGCUCAUGGGAAUGAGGUGUUGGGUCGAGAGCUGCUUCUUCUGCUGCUGCAGUUCAUGUGUCAGGAGUAUCUGAGCGGAAACACUCGCAUACGCCACCUGGUGGAGGAGACGCGCAUUCACCUGCUGCCCUCAGUCAACCCCGACGGACACCAGCAGGCCUACGAGGCGGGCUCGGAGCGCAGCGGCUGGUCUCUGGGCCGCUGGAGUCUGGAUGGUCUGGAUAUUCAUCAUAAUUUCCCGGACCUGAACUCUGUGCUGUGGGAAGCAGAGGCCAGGAAUUGGGUCCCGCGCAGAUUCCACAACCACCACGUGCCCAUCCCGGACUGGUACCGCUCUGCCAACGCCACCGUUGCCGUGGAGACGCGUGCGCUUGUGUCGUGGAUGGAGAAGAUCCCGUUCGUGCUGGGGGCCAAUCUGCAGGGUGGAGAGCUGGUGGUGUCCUUCCCGUUCGACCGCACGCGCUCGGUGACGGCGCUCCGCGAGGCCACGCCCACUCCUGAUGACCAGGUGUUCCGCUGGCUGGCGUUCGCCUACGCCUCCACACACCGGCUGAUGACGGACGCCGGACGCCGCCUCUGCCACACACACCACUGCGCCAGCGAGGACGGCACCAUCAACGGCGCCUCCUGGCACACCGCUGCAGGAAGUAUGAACGACUUCAGCUACCUGCACACCAACUGCUUCGAGCUCUCGGUGUACACCGGCUGCGACAAAUACCCACACCAGAGCGAGCUACCGGAGGAGUGGGAGAACAACCGAGAGUCACUGCUCGUCUUCAUGGAGCAGGUGCAUCGUGGGAUUAAAGGUGUGGUCAGAGACGGUCAGGGGAAGGGAAUCGCUAAUGCCGUCAUCUCAGUGGAGGGAAUCAAUCAUGACGUGCGCUCAGCGUCUGACGGCGAUUACUGGCGUCUGCUGAACCCUGGAGAGUACCGCGUGACGGUGCGGGCGGAGGGCUUCAGCUCCAGCAGCAGGGUCUGCACCGUGGGCUACGCUAACACCGCUAGCAGCUGCGACUUCCAGCUCAGCAGAUCGAACCUGCAGCGCAUCAGAGAGAUCAUGAGGAGGUUCAACAAGCAGCCAAUCAGCAUGAGGAGCAGACCCAGGCACUGAGCGCACGCGUGUGUGUGUGUGUGUGUGUGUGUGUGUGUCUGUGUGUGUGUGUGUGUGUGUG